AUGUCAUCCUCGGCAAUCCCAGAAACAUUUUUCAAAUUCUCAAAUAUAAUUGUUGGAACAUCAUCAGUAUUAUCAUCAUUGGCUCAAUUAACAUACAUAUUUACAGAUUUUGGUAAGGCUUUAUUAGCCUUAUACGCACUAGUUCUUUCCAUAUUGAUUGUUCAUUUUGAAUUUAAAGUACCACCACAAAUGUAUAGAUUUGUAUCAUUUUAUUUUAGUUUCUUAGGAAGGGGGUUACUUUAUAUCUUAUUAAGCAUUAUACUUUUCAACGGUGGUCCAUUAAAAGUUAUUAAUUCAAUCGUCUUAUUGAUUCUAGGGCUUGCUCAUAUCCUUUUCCAAUUUAUGCCUGUCGUUGAAGAACCUUCAAAUUAUAAAGCAGCCGGUUCUUCUUCAUCAAUAUCUAUUGGAGAUGAUAAUAUUAAUGAUCAAAUUGGUGAUGACGAUGAUGAUGUCAUCUAA